AUGGCAUGGAAUGGUCCAUAUUUUAUUAAUGUGUACUGGAGAAAUAAAUAUGUUGUGGAAGAUGGCACGAUCAGAACAUUUGAUAACAGGGCAGAUGCGACAUUAGUUAUUGAGCGGAAGCUGUCGUAUUCUGAGUUUUUGGGCAGAAUUUGUGAUAAAGCGGGUUGGGAUAGAAAUUAUGUAAAUCUAAGAAUUAACUUGUUGUUUGAAAACAACGGUGUAAGACGAAGCGCAACAAUUACGGACGACUCGUCAGUGGAAAUUAUUUAUUAUUUUUCAGGUUCAUCAUAUUUGGAGCUAUAUGUUGAAAAUGAAGACACGGUGCAGGCCCAAAAUUUGUUAGAUCUGUCAGGACAAAAACAGGAUGUUACAUUUGUGUCGCAACAGGACCAGCAAUAUUGGAUGAAUAAUUCUCAACAUGCAGAAGCAGGGCCUAGCAGGAGCAGCGGCGAUGGAUACGUUGCAGAGGGACAUGGUGGGCAUGUUUAUUCAGACAUUGGUGAUUAUAAAAAUAGCAUACUGGAUCGAGAUGAAUUUGAAGUUAAGAUGUGGAAAGGUGAUAGAGAAAACCUUGAUUUGAAUACCUGUUUCAACAACAGGGAUGAAGUUGAGGCAGCUAUCGAAGACUGGAACAUAUAUCACAACAGGCAAUUUUAUGUUCUUUCUUCUGGACGUAAGUCAUGGUCUGCAGAGUGCGCGACAAGAAGAAUGCAAACUCCAAUUGGGCAAUCUACUUGUGCGUGGAGGAUGCAUGCAUCUUUGAAGAAGAAUGGUCUGUGGCAAAUUGUGUCCUGGGUUGAUCGUCACAAUUGCGUUGGAAUAACCAGACAAAAUGACCAUCGCAAUUUGAGGUCGAAGUUAAUAGCCAGACUUAUCAGGCGUAGUGUUGAAAAUGAUCCUGGUUUUAAGGUAAAAUCAAUCAGGGAUGCUGUGAAGGAAGCUUAUAAGGUGGAUGUGAAGUACAAGAAGGCAUGGCAUGCAAGAAGAAAAGCUAUCGAAGCGUGUUAUGGUAGCUGGAUCGACAAUUUCACGGAAUUGCCAUGGUAUAUGGCUGCACUACAGAAAUCUAAUCCCAACACAGUUGUUGAGUGGAAAUGGCACAAUGGCUUCAUGUAUUGUCUUCGACAUGUUCGGAGUAACAUGGUGGCGAAACACAAAAAACAAAUAGCUCGAACAAAUCUGGUGUGCUGGAAAAUGGGCAAGAAGAGGCAAAAUCACAAGUUUCUAAAAUUUCAGCAACAACUGAGAGAGUGCAAUGAAGCAGGUCUUGCUUAUAUGAUGGCUAUACCGAGGGGGAGAGCUGUGGUGGAAUCGACUUUGGCGAAGACAAUUAAGUUCUUCCGUGAUCAGUAUGCAGAUGCCUUGAAGUGUAAUACUCCUAUCGGAGAUAAAUAUUGGAAGAAAUUCUGUUGGCGUCGUAUAGGGAAAGGUGGUAAUGAACACAAAGUAGAAUACAGAGAUUGGCGUUGUUCAUGCAAGAAGUGGCAGACUUACAGGCUUCCUUGUUCGCACGCAUUGGCUAUUUGGGCUUAUGAACGAAUCCCAAGAAUUCGCCCCAUCAGAAAAAAUCCGGAAGAUGACGAUCACACCUUGGCCUUGGGUUCAAGAUGGAGGUGUUCAUUGGAUUUUUCGCAGGUGGCCUCUCACUGUCUCCCAGCACAACGAGAUCAACUCGCGAGCCUUAGGAAGGUUGAAGAUUUUAUUUGGCAACCUUAUGAAGGAGUGGAGAUACCUGAAAGAUGUACACGGGGUCGAGAUCAUUGGCAAUCCAACACUUGGCUAAUUUGCUGGGAUGUCAUUGAACCGCAUCAAGUUGACCGUGUGAUGCGACAAUUUGGCUUCAAACAAUUCAUCCCACCACAACCAAUGAUUGUUGGUUUCCAAGAAUGGGAAAAGUUGCACAAGUAUGGUAGGACUGGAAGAGGUGGAAACAAUUGGGAGUUACAUCAUCGUGAAUACAUCGAAAAAUGGAACAACAGGGCAGACUCCAUUGUGGCUGGGUCUCCGAGUGCUCAAUCCUCAACCGAUGAUGAUUAUCUCCCAUGGUAUGAAAGUAAUACCAUCAAAUUUAUCAAGAAUCCCAAUAAGUACAACUUUCAGGAGGAAGGGUAUCGUGAACAUUCUGAUCGUGCAAAAUUCUAUGCUGAUGCUUUGAGCGACAUCUGCAAAAUGGUAGAAGACUACAAGAAAUCAGAAGAUGUCUGCCAAAAUUCAGUUUGUACGAAUCUCCUUCUUGAACUCACUUCUCAUUCUAUGAGUGCUUUAUCCCUUGGAGCACAUGAGAUGCCAAUUUUGAUACCCACACAAUCACUUGUUGAUCUUCAACCACAACCUUCUCAACCGGUUGGCAAAGUUCGCAAACGGAACAUUCCUCACCGUGGGAUUGGAGGAGGAAGGCAGAAAAUUGUUGAAGAAGAAGAACCAAAAUUUGAUUUUGAACUCAAUGCCGACUUGUUCCAAACUCCAACCCCCCAUCAUCAGGACGAAGCCAACCAAGAAGGUGAAUCUACAAAUAUGGAUGUGGAAUCUAGUCUACCUUUGGCGUUAGCAAGGCCGCGUAGAAAACUAAAGAAAGUCAAUCGCUACACGCCAUCCACUGCCCAACCCGAGGAGGAAUUAUCUGGACCUGAGGGGUCACAAACAGAGCAAGAGGGGAAGCUCUCGGCCGUCAGCGAGAUUGACGGUCUAGAUGAUGAAGUCAAAAGCGAGUCACUCAUUGGAAGCUUCAUAAAGGGGGAGACAACAAUGUGUGCUUUCUGGAGACUUUCUGUUGUGUUUUUGUUGAAAGUUUUGUUGUCGGCAUCACAAUCCUUGGAAGUUCUAAAGACUUGUAUUACCAAGUUGGUGACCUCACUGGCUUGUUUGGACAAAUAUAGGAUGAUUAUCAAUUUCGGUGAACAAUUUGUUCUAUUCUGGCAAGCUUCCAUUGGAGGACAGCCGGAGGAAGCCUUCAGCAAUCACCAUCGGACAAUGCGACUCACAGCCUCCACUGAUUUCAAAUCCCGCGCAGCGCCUUCAGCCCAAUCCAGUCCUGAUAUCCCUUCAAUCUCGCAGCCCCUAUCCAAAUCACAACCAAAUUCUACUCCUGCACAAUCACAGCUUCCAAGCAAAUCAGCGCCAGAUUUCCCUCAACUGUCGCAGACUCUUUUCAAAUUGCAUCCUUUGCCUACUGUGCAUCCGAGUCAAUCCCUUCCAGAAUUUCAAAAUUCAAAUUUGGAAAAGACGCAAUCCACUCCCGGGGAAAUCGCCAGACUCUCGCAAAAUCCUUCACCAUCGCAAAUGCAUCUGACUCCUCCCGUGAUAACUCAGGGCGCGCCAAUCACCGUCACCAAGUCAACUGGACUCUCAAGGUGUUUGUCCAAAGAAAAUUUCGUCGAGGCAAACGGUAAACUAUGGCGACUUUUGGAGAGUUCAAAAAAAAAAGAAAGGUUUUUCAUAUGUAAGGCUGAACCAACUAACUUGCCAUCGGUUUGGCGACAUGGAAAAAUCAAUGAUCCAGUUGAUACGAAUCUUUUAAUGGAUCCUGUACUUUUGGCUGAUAUAGAUAAACUUCGUGGUUGUGAAAUUGAUCUUGUGGGGCCUUCUGCUAAAAGUUUGAGUUUAUUGCAGCCUUUGUUCCCUGACUCUGAAGCAUGCGUAAUGGAUGCUGAUAUCUUGGACUUCAUGGGAGUUGAUACUUCCGCUAAUGCUGAUGUUGCUGUUAAGUCAAAAAGCAAACUUGAUUCGUCAAAGGCGAUCGGUAAAUCUAAGAAGCACAAAUCAUCUUUUGCCAAAGCUGACAAAGGCAAAAGGCCCAUUGAAGCUACUGUUGAAGUGGGAAAGCUAAAUCUUGACAGUAUUUUGUUUCAAGAAUUGAUUACCCAAACCAACUCUAAGCUGUCAGAGUUCGAAGGCUGCUAUCAUGCUUUGCAAAAGCAUUGUUCUUCGUGGAUUGAACAAACAGAAGAAGUUGAGUUUAAGCUUAAUGAGGAGAAAGUUCGUAGGCGAAAUAUUGAGGCAUCCUUGUUGAAGGUUACACAAACUUGCACCACACUAGAAAGGGAGAGUAAGGCUCUUAAAGAAUCAAAGACUAAAGAUGUAGCUCGUAUCCAGUUCCUGGAGGAACAAUGUCUUCGCCUAAAGUCAGAAUGCAAUGCUUAUUUCAAAGUUGUAGUGAAGAAGUUUCUUGAAAGUGUUGGGUUUAUAAGCUUUUUUGGCAAGUUGAUGAAACCUGUUGUCGCGUGGGGAGGCACCAAGCUGUUUCCAAGCUUUCUAAGCUCUGUCCUGAGCUUCCUCACUAUUUUCUUUGGGGCUUUAACCCAUCAGCCGAAGCAUUUAUGA